AAGCCGAAAUGAACCACAUUCUACGACCACUUCUGGACGAAUGCGUGGUGGUGUACCUGGACGACAUACUCAUCUACUCGCGCGAUAUGAAGCAGCACGUCGAACACCUGCGACGCGUCUUCGAAAUUCUUCGACGAGAACGAUUCUACGUCAAACUGUCCAAGAGCGAAUUCGCCCUGGAGAAAGUCCAAUUUCUAGGACACAUGGUGAGCGCUCAAGGAGUUCACGUCGACCCCAAGAAAAUCGAAGCCGUACGCACGUGGAAGACACCCGAGAACGUGAAGGAGUUGCAGCAGUUCCUAGGCUUCGCUAAUUACUACAACAGGUUCGUGCCACAAUAUGCGAAACUCGCGGCACCACUCACGAAUCUGCUGAAGAAGAACACGCCCUACAAAUGGGAGACGAAGCACCAGGAAGCCGUGGAGCAGCUGAAACAAGCACUAACGUCCGCACCGGUGCUCAUCUUGCCAGAUCCCGAACGCGACUACGUAAUCGAAGCUGACGCCAGCGACCAGGCAGUGGGAGCAGUCUUAAUGCAAGACCAGGGGAAUGGACUGCAACCAAUUGCCUACCUCAGCAAGAAACUGCACGGGGCAGAACUCAACUACCCGAUACACGACAAAGAGGCUCUUGCUAUCAUCAUCGCCUUCAAAGCGUGGAGAUGCUAUCUCGAAGGACGAAGAACAACCGUCUACACCGACCACUGCAGCCUGAAAUAUUUGAAAACACAACCCAACCUUUCCAGGCGGCAGGUCCGGUGGAUCGACUUCCUCGAGACACACUUCCACUACGACAUCGUGUACAAGCCCGGCCACAAGAACAAAGCAGACGCUCUCAGCCGGCCUGCACACUGCGAUUUUCUUAAGCAAGAGUUGGAGUUUCUGGGCCACAUCGUCUCUACUGAAGGAGUGAAAAUCGACCCCAAGAAAAUCAAGACCAUACAGAAAUGGAAGCCGCCAAGCAACAUAAAGGAGCUGCAGAGUUUUUUGAGUUUCGUCAAUUACGUCCGCAGGUUUAUACCAAAUAUGGUUGGGAUUUGUGAUGUUGCUCACUCAGCAGCGUUGAUAAUCUGGCUGCGCACUUUGCGGAAUGCCGAGCAGCAAUAAUCGAGUGAUGGUCAGCAAUAAUCAUGACUAGAAAUCAUCCUGGGAGCAGAGUUGAUGGGCUACGGGGCAACGCGCGUGAUGACUUCAGCAUCCCAAAAUUCCAGGAUCAGAAAUACGGAGUAGGUAUACAGUAGGUAUGGCAUAGGUACGUCUGCUACGGAGUAGCCUUGCUAUACGAACAACUAUACCUACAAUAUAGGAGAGGUCCACAUUUUUGUGAUGAGUGCAGCACCAGCAUCAUGUGCCCGCGAUGGGCACCGCCUGUUCCGUAGCAAUAAUUCCGCUGGCCUGGA